GCAUGAUUCCCUGCGGUUCCCUCCGCCACUAUAUUACCCUACCAGCGCCCCCGUCAGCUUUCCCCUCCCGUCUGAAUCACGUUCCUAUGCGAUAACACCGCUACCCGGUCGACAAUCCUCUUCGCCUGGUUGUCACCAUCAAAUCGGUGCGACAUGGCGGCCUCAUCAACCGCUUUGCUCCGCGCUGGAGACGACAGCUCUCUCAAUGACCGAUGCCCCGCUCAUAUGGCUACCACUACGGUCAGUGUGGAGGGCAUGACGUGUGGCGCCUGCACCUCGGCCGUCGAAGGGGCCUUCAAGGGAGUGGAGGGCGCCGGAGAAGUCACCGUGAGCCUGAUGAUGAGUCGCGCAGUCGUACACCACGAUCCGAGCUUGCUUUCACCGGAAAAGGUCGCCGAGAUCAUCGAUGAUUGCGGCUUUGACGCUAAGGUCGUCUCCACGGAUAGCUCAUCCUUACCAGCCGAAAGUACCGCGAAAUCCUCUUUAUCGACCACGACACUGGCAGUGGAGGGCAUGACUUGCGGCGCUUGUACCUCCGCGGUCGAGGGAGGAUUGAAAGAGGCAGCAGGUGUGCGAUCGGUCAGCGUCUCUUUACUCUCGGAACGGGCAGUCGUCGAACACGACGCCUCGGUCAUCACCCCGGAUCAAAUCGCGGAAAUAAUCGAAGAUCGUGGCUUUGGCGCCAAGGUGCUGGAAACCUCAACGGCUCAGGAUAGCUCUCACUCUACGCAGGACUCGACGGGAUCGAAGUCCCAUUUGAUGGUCACCACAGUAUCUAUAGACGGCAUGACAUGUGGUGCAUGCACAUCAAGCAUACAAAAUGCUUUUAACGGAGUAGACGGACUGGUGCAGCUCAAUAUCAGUCUACUAGCUGAACGAGCGAUCCUCGUUCACGACCCAUCUGUACUGCCGCUCCAGAAGAUCUUCAAAACAAUUGACGAUGCUGGUUUCGAUACAGCUCUCGUGUCAUCCGAACCGCAAACCCCUUCCUCUAAGGGCAUCAGCCGCGUCACUCUAAGUCUUCACGGGGUGCGCGAUGCCGCCUCAGCAGCUGGUCUGGAAGAUGAUCUUCUUCAGAAACCCGGUGUGUCCUCAGCGUCAGUAGACAUGGCCACCUCUCGAAUCAACGUAUCCUUCGACUCUUCCGCAAUUGGUGUCCGAUCGAUUGUGGAAGCUAUUGAGGCCGCUGGAUACAAUGCCUUGGUGUCGCAGUCGGACGACACGAAUGCUCAGCUUGACUCGCUCUCCAAGACUAAGGAGGUUCGGGAGUGGAAGCGGGCGUUCCUCUUCUCGUCAACAUUCGCCGUCCCGGUCUUCCUGAUCAAUAUGAUUCUUCCCAUGUACUUGCCGGCCCUUGACUUUGGCCGUGUCCAGCUCUUCCAUGGUCUCUACCUGGGUGACGUUGCUUGCCUUCUCCUUACCAUACCUGUCCAGUUUGGCAUCGGGAAACGUUUCUAUGUGGCCAGUUAUAAAUCUUUAAAACACCGUUCACCGACCAUGGACGUUCUUGUCAUGCUGGGUACAUCAGCAGCAUUCUUCUACAGUAUCUUCACCAUGGUGGUUGCAUUUUGUUCGGCCAGUCACUCGAGGCCUAGCACAGUUUUCGACACAAGCACCAUGCUCAUCACCUUUAUCACGCUGGGAAGAUGGUUGGAAAACCGAGCCAAGGGUCAAACAUCGGCUGCACUUUCGCGACUGAUGUCCCUGGCGCCGUCAAUGACCACAAUUUACGAUGACCCGAUAGCGGCAGAGAAAAUGGCUGAGGAGUGGGACACCAAGCCUGCCAAAUCAGAAGAGCAACAGUCGAUUCCGGCAGCACAUGAAAGAUCAGGGCUGGGACAAAAAGUGAUUCCCACUGAACUCAUUGAAGUUGGGGAUAUCGUGAUGCUCCAUCCCGGAGACAAGGUCUCGGCGGAUGGUAUUGUUAUUCGCGGAGAAAGCUAUGUCGACGAAAGUAUGAUCACUGGCGAGGCCCUUCCUAUACACAAAUCCAAGGGCAGCGUUGUUGUCGCCGGAACAGUCAAUGGAACAAGCUCGAUGGACUUCAAGGUCACCCGAGCAGGCAAAGAUACUCAGCUCAGUCAAAUCGUCAAACUGGUCCAGGACGCUCAAACGAGUCGAGCUCCUAUUCAGCGCAUGGCUGACGUCGUGGCUGGCUAUUUCGUUCCAGCUAUUAUCAGUCUUGGCCUGGUCACUUUCUUUGGCUGGAUGUUCAUGAGCCAUAUAUUGCCUCACCCGCCCAAGGUUUUCCUGGCAGAAAGCAACGGAGGCAAAGCCAUGGUUUGUCUCAAGCUCUGCAUUUCUGUCAUUGUUUUUGCCUGUCCCUGCGCCUUGGGUUUAAGCACACCCACCGCUGUCAUGGUUGGAACCGGCGUAGGUGCACAACAGGGUAUUCUCGUCAAAGGCGGCGCCGUCCUUGAAGCCGCAACAAAGAUCAAUCAUGUGGUGUUUGACAAAACUGGAACAUUGACGACUGGAAAGAUGAGUGUGGCAGACGCUAGAAUUGAACCUCACUGGACUGUCAACGAUUGGCGUCGUCGACUUUGGUGGCUCAUUGUUGGCCUGGCAGAGAUGAGCAGCGAACAUCCUAUUGGGAGAGCUAUACAUGCGGCCGCUAAAAUUGAAUCAGGCAACCCUGGAGAUGGUGGUUUGCCAGGAAGCUUGGGUGACCUUGAAGCCUGCGUUGGAAAAGGUAUCUCUGCAUUGGUCGAGCCUACCUCGAGUGCUGAGCGCAUUCGGUACCGCGUUUUGGUCGGCAAUGCUGCUUUUCUCCGGUCAAGGGAUGUUGCCGUCCCAGAUGCUGCCGAGUCUCAGUCUUUUGAAGAUAUCGACAACCCUAAUUCCAAAGCUCCUGCUGGUGUCACCCAGAUUCAUGUCGCCAUUGAUAACCAGUACGCCGGUACUAUCUCACUUCAGGAUACCGUGAAAAGCAGCGCUCCGGCCGCAGUUGCGGCCUUGCAUCGUAUGGGCAUUAUGACAUCCCUCAUCACUGGUGACACUCAUUCCACUGCCGUUUCGAUCGCUACGGCUGUUGGUAUUCCGGUCGAUGCGGUCCAUGCCUCCGUGUCCCCUUCAGACAAGCAGUCUAUCGUCGCUUCUCUGCAAGAAGCCGGUGAUCGGGUUGCCAUGGUUGGUGAUGGAAUCAACGAUUCCCCCGCCCUGGCUACUGCAUCUGUCGGUAUCGCUCUUGCCUCUGGGACUGACGUUGCCAUGGAGGCAGCGGACGUUGUCCUCAUGCGGCCCGAUGACUUGCUCUCUGUGCCCGCGAGUUUGUAUCUAUCGCGGUCCGUUUUCAAACGCAUCAAGCUGAACUUGAUGUGGGCUUGUCUCUACAAUGUCAUCGGACUGCCUUUUGCUAUGGGCAUUUUCCUACCGUUCGGGUUCAUGCUACCCCCCAUGGCUGCUGGUGCCGCCAUGGCGGCUUCCAGCGUCUCUGUCGUCGUUAGCAGUCUGCUCCUGAAGCUGUGGCGCCGUCCGAAAUGGAUGGAUGCUGACAAGCUCCUCAGGGAACUUUCUGAAACUGACACCGACUUCAAGUCCUCGCAAAAGAGCUGGUGGAAGGCUACUCUAUCCGUCACGCGCUCCUCCGGCGGCAGACGCUCGUCCCAUUGGAUCCGCAACACCGGCGCAGAGGUUUGGUCUUUGGUCACGGGUAGGAGAGCCAGAGGCUCCGACUUGGACGAGGGCCGCUAUGUUCCUCUCCAAACAGUGGAACCGGCUUGAUUUGGUGUGGAAGCACAUGUUCUUGGGUAUAUAAUGAUUGUCUUGUCACUGCUGUCCAUGAACUCUGGCAUUGGCCAUAGAUCGCAUAUCUGCAUGUCACGACCCCUAAUGAUAUACUACUAGUCUUUUGUUUCUUGGCUAGCGAAUGGUGCAGUGCUAUCUUGGAGUUGCUUGGUUUCGAUGUCUGCUGUCUCAGGUACAAUACCUUGUUGACAGUCUAUAAAUUACGACAACAAUCGUUAUGAUUGAGGUGUGUAUAUUUGGAAGAUCGUAAUUGAUUUGACUAAUUUGCAAAGACUGGCUGGGCUUCCGUUGUAGUGAGCGAUCCACAAACCUAUUCAAGACUGUCGCAGGCUCUAUAUGUCAGAGGCUUA